GUUUUAUUAACUUUUGUACCUUUCAUUGCACAACGACGACACAUUUGCACCUUAUCCUGAGUUAACCCCUAGAGCUCAGUGUUCUUCUGUGAUAGGCACACAAACAAGCAAUUAUAUACAGAUAUGGAACCUCGUCAUCAUAGACAAGACAGACAGAGAGGUGACUAUAGACCAAGGUAUUUUCGAGGUAAUAGGAGGGGUUCUUAUUCAAAUAGACAGGGUAGAAACUAUCAUGCUGAUCAGGGUGACUCAGUUUCUUAUGUUACUGAAACAAAUAAUGCUGCACCAGAGAAUUCCACUGACUUUGAUGUUGCUAAUGGAGCUUAUUCUACUGAAACAAACUCUAAUGUUACGACUGAUUUUUCUCAACCUUCAAAGAGUAGAAAUAACUCAAAUCAUUCACGAGAAAAUCAAAACAAUAAUGACCAAAGGACUAGUAGAAGGUCUUAUGAAAAUUCACAACUUAAUGUUAAUGCUCCAAGUUUCACCUCCAUUUAUAAUCAUCCUAAUCCUGAAACUGAGUCCAGCAUUUCUCGGGGUGGGGCGAUUAUAGGUGGAAGAUACAUUAGAAAACAUGCUAAUAAUUCUGGUGAACAUCCUAAUACAAAUAAUCCAUCAAAUUAUGAAAAUUCAUCAUAUGAAAAGAAUUCAAAUUAUUCUUCUCAUUCUAAUGUACAUAAAAGCAGAAACUCAUCUAAUAAUCAAAGAUAUCAGAAUAAGUCAUCUGCCGACUUGUAUGGAAGAAGACAGUUUUCUUCAAAACCCUCAAAAUAUGAUUAUUCUUCUUCGAGAUCUUCUCAAGCUGAUGGGCAAAGGUUAAAAGAAGAUAACUUUGAUGCAAGGAGACCAUUUUCUUCAAAGAACAAUGAUUAUUUUUCAAGAUCAUCUAAUGGACAAAGAUUAAAUGAAGAGGAUACAAGAAAAUUUUCUUCGAGAUCUUCAAGAAACAAUGAUUAUUUUUCAAGGUCUUCUCAAGCUAGUGGACAAAGAUUAGAUGAAGAUGAAUCGGAUAUGAGAAAACAUUAUUCUUCAAAGCCUUCAAGGAACAGUGAAUAUAUUUCACGAUCUUCUCAUUCUAGUGGACAAAGACUGAAUGAAGAUGACUUUGAUGCACGAAGACAGUUUCCUAUGAAAACUUCAAAGAAUAGUGAUUAUUCUUCAAAAUCUCAAUCAUAUGGUCAAAGAUUGAAUGAAGAUACAUCUCCCUCAGCUGAUUCUUAUCGAUUUCCAUCAUCGAGUGCAAAUGAAAAAAGGGCAUAUCAAAGCAACAGAGCUAAUAGUUUUGAAAUUGAUGCAAAUCAAAGAGAGCUUUUGAUCCAACAGUUAAACAAAGGAGAUUAUGAAUGUUUAGUUUGUUGUGAUCGCAUUAGAGUAAAAGAUCAGAUUUGGCAUUGUUUAAAUUGUUACCAUGUUUUCCAUCUGAGAUGCAUUCGAAAAUGGGCACGUUCACCUGCAGCUUCUGUUCCAGAUGAAGGCUGGCGUUGCCCUGCUUGUCAAAAUUUAACUGCAAAAAUUCCUUUUGAUUACUUCUGUUUUUGUGGUGCUCACAAGAAUCCAGAUGUUAACUAUCAUCUCACUCCUCAUACCUGUGGUGAAAUUUGUGGCAGGAAUCCUCCUGAUUGCUCUCAUCCUUGUAAAGAACUGUGCCAUCCUGGUCCAUGUCCUCCAUGUUCAGUCGUUGUACAGAAGUCUUGUGCUUGUGGCAAAACAAUUAAGGCUCUUCCUUGUAAACAGGAUGUUGAGUUAAUCUGUAGUUCUGUAUGUGAAAAAGCUUUAAAUUGUGGAAUGCACCGUUGUGCAAUUCAGUGUCACCCAGGAGAAUGUCCUGUAUGCAAGGAAGAAAUUCACCAAGAGUGUUACUGCAAGAAAAGUAAAAAGACUGUCAUCUGUGAUUCAGACACUUCUGGCGUAUUUCAUUUCUCCUGUGGAGAAGUAUGUGGAAGACUAUUAAGUUGUGAAAAUCAUUCUUGUGAUAGUAUUUGCCAUCCAGGCGAUUGCAGUCCAUGCCAUCUUUCAACUGAAGUUGUAAAAUACUGCCCUUGUGGCAAAACUAGCAUUCAAGAAUUGAUUGCUAAUGGACAGGCAGUUGAAAGGAAGUCUUGUAAAGACCCAAUUCCCUUGUGCAGUAAAAUAUGCGAGAAAAUAUUUUUCUGUGGUCCUAAAGAUGAUCCUCAUAAAUGUCAGUCUGCAUGUCAUGAAGGAGAUUGCCCUAAAUGUCCUCUUACCACAUCACUGAAAUGUCGUUGUGGAGCAUCAACUAAAGAAUUCAAAUGUGCAGAUAUAGAACCAUCUUUUGUAUUUUUAUGUGAAAGGCGAUGUAAUCGCCGAAAAGCCUGUGGACGACACAAGUGUUUAAACAAUUGCUGCAUUAAUAUUGAACACAGGUGUGAACUGAUCUGCAACAAAAAGCUUAGUUGUGGCAAUCAUCAAUGCCAAGAUACCUGUCAUGCUGGAAAUUGCCUACCUUGUGGGAAUGUCAGUUUUGAUGAGCUUAGAUGCCAUUGUGGUGAAUCUGUGCUAUAUCCUCCUAUUCAUUGUGGAACUCGACCUCCUGAAUGCACUAAACCAUGCAUCCGUAGUCAUCCAUGUGAUCAUGAAGUGAAGCAUACUUGCCAUAGUGAAGAAACAUGCCCUCCCUGUACAGCUCUUACUGUGAAGUGGUGCUUUGGUCAUCAUAAACAAUGCCCCGCUGUCAUGUGUUUCUUGGAAGGAGUUUCUUGUGGAAUGGCGUGCCUCAAGGAUCUUCCAUGUGGGAAACAUAAGUGUAAUCUGACCUGUCAUGCUGGCCCAUGUUUAAAAGAGGGAGCAAAAUGCACUCAGCUUUGUACUGUUACUCGUCCAAAUUGUGGACACCCUUGUGGAAAUGUGUGUCAUGAUGGCCCAUGUCCAGAUACUCCUUGUAAAUCUCAGGUAACUCUAACAUGUCCCUGUGGUAACCGGUCUGAAACAACUACUUGCUAUGAUAGUACAAAAUCCUAUCGUCUCAUGUCGGUUUCAGUUUUAGCUACUAAAAUGCAAGAAAUUAAAGAAGGGCAGAGUGUGAAUCUAAAUGAUGUUUUAGGACGAAAAUCUAAAAACAAUAAAUUACAGUGUAAUGAAGAAUGUGCUGUCCUUGAGAGAAAUAAACGUUUGGCUGUAGCACUUCAGAUCCAAAAUCCUGAAUUGUCUCCCACCCCUGGACCUCCAAACUACUCCGAUUUCUUAAAAGCUGAAGCCAAAAAGAAUCCAUCAUUUGUCGGCGAUGUAUAUAAUAAAAUAACUGAACUUGUCCAGCUGGCAAAAGAUUCCAAACAGAAAUGCCGAAGUCAUUCUUUUCCUCCCAUGAAUCGUGAUCAUCGAAGAGUUGUUCAUGAAUUAGCUGAAUUCUUUGGCUGUGAAACUCAGAGCUAUGAUGAAGAACCUAAGAAAAGUGUUGUUGUGACCGCAUAUAAGAAUAAAUGCUGGCUUCCUUUUGUAAGUAUAAUGAAUGUGGUUCAAAGAGACAUGGGUUUUCGUAAGGGUCCUGCUCCCGUUCUUACUCAGCGAGAAUCCAAAAAUGCUUCAAGCACUGUGGCUGCUGCAUCUAAUACUACUCAAAAAAAGAAGAUAGAUUAUUUUGAUUAUAAUGAGUAGGCAGAUGUGUAACUGUUAUCGAGCUUUGAGAAUUUUUUCGGCUGAAUGUUGCACAAAGAAAACAACAACAACAAAAAAAGAACAUUAUUUUUUUUCUCUUCAGGUAUGUGUGGAUAGGUUUAAACUUUUGAAAAGUUUUUCCAAAAAAGAUGUAUUUUUCAUCAUCAGAUUUCUAUAUAAAUUCUAAAAUUACUUUGUACUCAGUGACGGAAACAUAUAUACAUUUUCCCCCUUGUUAUACCGAAUAAGAAAUAAACUAUAUCAUUCCACACAUAUCUUCCAAAAUUCAUUUUAAAAUGUGUUUAUACAAAUUAGUAUUGUUUUCAUUGAAUCUUUUUGAAUAAAGUGUUCCUUUAUUUGUAUAUUCUUUGUUAUUGAAGUGGCUUAAAUAUAAUAUUUAAAUUAAGAUCUUAUGAAGUUCAAAUUAAGUUUGAGUUACAUGUAAAUGUGCAAUUAACUUUGAGAAUUUGUUAAUAAUUAUCAAAAUGUCUGUUACAAAUUAAUCAUGGGAUUAAUUUAUUUAUUUAUAGAUAUUUUAUGUGAAGGGUUUAUGUUCAUAUUUAAAUCAUUACAAAUAUCUGUAGUUAACAUUUAAAAUGAGAUUGUAUGUUGUAGAAUGUAUUUUUAUAUGUAUAUUGAAGUAUAUAGCUAAAAUUUGUAAGUUCCGAAAUUAUUAUUAUUUUGGUUUAUUGAAUGGUGAUUGUUUGAAAUGAAAAAAUUGAUAUUUGUAUCAAAUUUCAUAUAUAUUUAUUGGUAUUAGGAACGAUAUUUUAAUUGCUGAAUCUUUCUUCUUUUUGCCACAAAUUUUUAAAUAUUCUUUAAAAAAUACUUUGAAUAUUUUGCUAAACUCAGGAAACUGUUAUUUUCAAAAACUAUCUUGCAUGUCUUCAUUGAUGGCAUUUUGAGUGAAACGAAUGCAAUUAUGAAAAUAAUUGAGAAAAACUUUAUUGCCAUCUGUUAUUUUAUUCAAUGAUAGUUAACACAUUGACUAUUGCAUCAUUCACUUGAGAUUCAUGUCCACCAUCUAAUUGUAUAGAACUUCUAUCUAAUUAGAUAAUUCUUUUUGCUCAAUAGUUAAGAGAUAGCAAUAAAAGUGCCAUCUAAUUAGAUAGAUAAUCUGAAUACCAAAGGAAAGAAGUGGAGCAAAAAAAGUUAAUCAAAAUUUGGAUUGAAAACAUUUUGGAGAAAGUAUUGAAAUAAAAAAGUUUCUAGAACAAAAAACAAUCUAAUUUUUGAUAAAUCAAAUUUUUUUUUUUGUUUUCUUUCUUUCUUUCUUUUUUUUUUUUUAAUAUUUCACAUUGUCACAGUAACUCAAUAAAUUGCCCCAUAUUUGAGGUGCAGUAAUACAUUGAUGCAUUAUAAAUAUUCAAUUAAUUCACACAAUAAUUAUCUGUUGCUGUUUAAAAUUUGAACAUGUGAAAUUUUUCAUGUAUAAGUUCAUGCUUAGUUUGUAAGCAUAAUUUUUAACUUUUUUUCUUGCAUGUAUAAGUGAAUGCUAGCAAGAAUUCAAAAGUAGUAUUUAAUAGUCCAUAUCUUCUUGGAAAUAGUGAAUCAAGAUUGCUAUUUCCUUUUAAAUGAGCUUUAUUAUUUCUCUUAAAGUAUGUUCUGUUUGUUAUACGAGUCAUAAGAUAGCUUAAACAUUCAAGAAGCAGAGA